AUGUCUGGGUGGCUGCUGUUCGUGGGACUGACCUCUGUUGCGCUGCUGCUGCUGCUGCUGCUGGUGAUCCCUCAGAGGGGCCCCAACUUCCCCCCCGGGCCCCCUGCGCUACCUCUCCUCGGGAACCUCCUCCAGCUCAGCAUGAAGAACCCCAUGCCGGAUCUAGAUAAGAUUGCUCGUCGCUAUGGUAAUGUCUACAGCCUCUUCCUGGGCAAGAGGCCGACGGUGAUGCUGCAUGGGCUCCAGGCGGUCAGGGAGGCGCUGCUGAUGCGGGCCACAGACUUCGCAGGAAGGCCACAGGGUCUCAUGAUCAACCAUGUUCUAGUGAAAUUACAUCAUCCAGGGCUGAUUAUGGCAGAUUAUGGGGUGGAGUGGCGGGAGCACCGGCGGUUUGUUCUGAGCACCAUGCGGAACUUUGGGCUCGGCAAGGUCUCCAUGGAACAGAGGAUCCUGGAGGAGACUGCGUUCAUCUGCUCACAUUUGGAGAAGAACAAUGGUUCGCCUGUGAAUCCCCAGAAGCUGAUCCACAGCGCUGCAUCCAAUAUCAUCUGUUCAGUCCUGUUUGGGACCCGCUACGAGUACGAGGACAAAGUCCUGUCCUUCGUCGUCAACAGCUUCAAAGAAAAUGCAGAAGUUGCCAACGGUGCUUGGGCUGUGAUCUAUGACACACUGCCCAUGCUAAGGAGCCUGCCGCUGCCCUUCCAGAAGGUCUUUAAGAACUACGAUGCCCUGAAGAGACACACAAGAGGCAUCGUGGAUGAGCACAAGCAGACCAGGGUCCCAGGAGAACCACGAGACGUCAUCGACUGUUACUUGGAUGAGAUGGAAAAGAGAGGGACAGUGGAGUCUUGUCUGGACGAGGAGCGCCUGGUCAUGCUGUUGCUGGAUCUCCACUUUGCUGGAACUGACACAAGCUCCAACACUCUCCUCGCUGCCUUUCUUUAUCUGACCACUUACCGCGACGCUCAAGUGCUCUGCCAGCAGGAGAUCGACUCAGUCCUGGGAGAGAGACCCGAUGUCUCCUACAAUGAUCGUCACCAGAUGCCCUUCGUCAUGGCAACCAUUCAUGAGAUCCAGCGCCUGGCAAACAUCGCCCCUCUGGGGGUCUUCCAUGCCACCACCAGGAGCACGUCACUCAUGGGCUACCACAUCCCUCAGGGUACCCUUGUCAUCACAAACCUGACAUCUGUCCUCCAUGAUGAGAGCCAAUGGGAACGGCCAUUUGAGUUUUACCCCGCCCACUUCCUCAACAACAGAGGGGAGUUUGUGAAACCUGAGGCUUUCUUGGCAUUCUCUGCAGGACCUCGUGUAUGUCUGGGUGAAGCCUUGGCACGCAUGGAGCUCUUCUUGAUUCUUGUCACCUUGCUUCGCCGCUUCCACUUCGUCUGGCCGAAGAACAGCAUGAAACCAGAUCUCACACCUGUCUUUGGGGGGAUCCAGGCGCCAAAGCCCUAUUUCCUGGAGGUUCACCAACGCAAGAGGAAGCAGAGGAGUAUGGCCCAUUGA